GCUUCAUACUCAUCCCAUCUAAACUUGACUGACUGCUCAUCUGGACUCAGCGCAAUCCUGUUACAAUUCCUUGAUGAAACUGUGGUGAGUUAAUUGGGGAUGCAGUGCUGGAUACUCACUAUUCUCACUGAUUCAGAGUAAUCCUCCUGUGCUCUCGUUUGACCUUUUGAAGUUUAGCGGGUGUAACUCGGGAAGGAGGGGUGUUGCUGUGGAAACCAAGGUACUGUAUCUCAUAAAGUUAAUGAUUAAGAAAAAACUGGAGUAUAGCUGCCCAGUAUAUCUGGCAUCCAUGUUUUAUCAGAGGUGCCCUGGGAUGUGAGGAGAGGUGAACCCCAAACCCCUGUGAGUAAUUUUAGGUGUACACCUUUUUGGCCACUAGGGGGAGGUAUUGUUCUCUGGUGGUGAUCAAAGGUUUCUGAACAGAGGUGACUUUACCUGCCACUCACACAAUGUCAAUAGUUAGUGGCUUAAUCUCAAGUGCUUCCCAUGGCUUUCUGGCAUUAUAUCCUUUUUUUUUUCCCCCUCCUUGUCUCGCUAUCCUCCUUUUUCUUCUACUACUUCCUUACAGAGCAGUGGAGAGGAUUAACCUCAGCUCUUCCUUGCCUUUGGGGGGGGACAAAUGAGAAUAGAACUGAGCCCAGUGGUGUGUAUUUGUGGCUGAGACCUGGAUUUUGUUGUAUAGAGCCAGCAGCUCAUCGAGUGCAAUCGUAAAUAUAGCGAGCUCUGGCUUGGUUUGAAUUUCACGCUCGUUUUUCCCGUGCCAUUACAUUGUGCAGAAAAGCAUGCCUUGAAGGUCAUAUUGAAGAAAGAUGUCAGUCGGAAUAUUUGAUGAGCACAGCCAAAAUGGGAAAAAUCUGCAUGAUAUUUUGGCAUGCUGAACUAAGGUGGUGUUAGCCCAAACGUGCAUUUUCAUGUUUCAAGUCAUUAAAAAUUGCAACAAAUCUCACGUUUAAUGUUCACCUAUGUUUUUGAUGCUGCCUCAGAGACUUUAGUUUGCUUGCAGCAUCUUUCCAUUUCACUCUCUACUAAGACUAAUUUGAAGCAGAGACCUGUGUGCACAGAAACCUCUUUGGAAUAUACAGAAACACAAAGACAUUACAUACUUGGGUGGAAGGGUAACUCAAAGUAAGAUGAUCCAAAUGUAGAUACGUAAUGUUCUUAGCUCACAGAAUAUGGUGCUUUGAUCUAAUUUUAAACUUUCAUGCAGAACAUUUUUGUUCCAAGAUUGCUCUGAUUCACAAGUUACUCGACACCAAAGAAGGCCUUUAUUUUUUUAUUUUUUUUUUUUACUGCUCAACUCCUUUGCACUGUCUAAAGCACACAGAAAGUGCACUGCAUGUGCACUUUAAACAUAAGUGUACAAUUUGUGUAAUCAUACCCCACCUGCCCUCCCAUUUGUUUCCCAAAUACAGACCCUUGGGGUGUCCCUUGCUUGAUCCCGCCAGUGCCCAUGUGCAUGGGACUAAAUGAAACCAUGUGGCGUAGUAAUUCAACCACAUCUGGCAACAUUUAUUUACAUUAGUACUGCGGUCUCUAAUCAAGCACGCCCUGGCAAACAUAAAGGCCACACACAAAUGAAAACCUCAUGCUUAAUGAAUGGGGGCAGGGUGGACAAGUGGUUCAAGGAGCUGUUCUGUAUACAAUUUCUGACAUUUUCAAUCCCUAAAGCAGCCAUUUAAGUCAGGAAAACGCUGAAUUUGAAUGGCUGGUUUGUGAAUGAACCAUUUGAAAACACAUUGGAUUUUCGAAUCUUGGAGCUUACUCAUGUCUAUAAUUUAUUUCUCUUGAGUAGAGUUAAACUGCAGUGCAAUCACAAGCUUAACCAGCAAUAUAUUCUAGGAUUUAACACCACAUUAAGGAGGCAUGAACCCUUAUGCUGACUCUCUGACCAACACUCUUAGAUUUAGGUUCACCUAAGAGGCUGUAAUAUCAGAAUCAACUCAACACUGUUUAGUCUGUAUCACUUACAUGAGCUUUAGACUCGCAUUAAGAGUGUAACAAUUGAGGAAAAGUAUGAAACUGAGGUGAAGGAUGUCUUUGGUCUAUAGUGUUUCCUCUUAAGAAAGCCAUCAGGAGACUAUCCACCUGUUUACAUAUGCACGCCUCAGACAGAUGUUGAAUAAUUCAUACACAGAGGCGGACAACAUGCAGCUGUAUUUGGGUUAUGGGGGUGCAUGGGUUCUCUCCCUGCCUGAAUUUGAAGCCCAAAUUAUAGACAUUACUUUGCAGGCAGAGCAGGGCAGAGGAAAAACUAGGCCACUUUGCAUAAAGGGUCCAACCAAGAGGCACAAUGAGAUGUGAAGGAUGGAGCAGUAGAAAGCUUGGACUUAAUAUAACAGGGCCUUUUAGGUUUGGGAAGUUUGGAACAAGUAAUUUGGGUUUGAUUUGGGGGAAACUGUCUUUUGUAGGAACAUCAAAGUUGGUUAGAGGUCGCUCUUGAAAACCCUUUUACUCGCUCGUGAUUCUGCAAAUUGUAUUUCUUUCCUUUCAUUUUCUUAACGUGGUAAUGCCCUUCUAAAGAAUGCAAAUGAAAUUGUUGAAAACUGUUUUCUGCAAUCAAUUCUCAUCUUGUUGAGACUGGAUUGAUCCUCGCUGGAGCUCAUUUUGCACAACAUAGUCUUAUCAACACGUGUUCGAAAACGCAUGGAGCGCUUUGCGGGAACCACAAGUGUAGUUACUAUUUCGUCUUUCUUUGGGGGGAGACUAAGUACCUGCGAUGGAUAAGUUUUUCGCAGAGUAGUCUGCACAUUCUCGCAGGACAGAGGCAUCAGGGGUGGCAGGGCUCUGUCAAACAGCUAUCUGGAGGUUUAUGGCUCACAGGUUUUAGACUCGGUGCUGCCUCCGCUUGCCAUUUGGGCCUAAUGGACACUGAUGGAAAAUGACUCCACUGUUCCAGCGAUCCAUCAGACGCCCUCUUUCUCUUUCCAUUCAUCAGAGAGCGGCUUUCAAACAGUGAACUUCGUGGGCGAUUUACAUGCCCCGAUAAGAUGCAAACAAACAGUCUUUAGUCAAAUUGAUGAUUGUGGUGAAAAAUAACAAAGUCAACUUCAACUAUAAUUUACCAUUUCCCUAUUGGGGGGGGAGAUCUUAAUGUCAACUAUUUAUACAAAGAUUUCGAAUUCGUGUCACAAUAAAAAGUAAUUUAACUACCUAGAAUGAAGCGUUUAAGUGACUUCAGACUUUCCACUAUACAUCUCCGGCUGCAUAUGGCCAGGGCGCAGUGAGUCAGCCAGCCACGAGUCCCCAGAGGGAGCGCAGCACAGCACGGCUCCAGACCCCGCCCGCUCAGAAAGAAAAGCGAGCGGGAGAUGGAGAGAGGGGGUGGGGGUUACUUACACCGAGUCGGGGUACCUCUGAGUGAUGUUGCCGCUAUAGGUGGAGGUUGCACGGGAGCGUGUUGGGAUUAAAGCUGUAAUCAUCGACGGCUCCCUGCCUGCGCCGGUCAGCGUGACGCACGGAAAGACGCGCAGUAACUGGAGUUACGUUGGAUUGGAGCCAGUGGCAGCGGAGGGAUCACCAAGUUGACACGCCGUGAGAGCUUACGGUUGUUUAACAAGGAUGCUCCCGUCUUGCAAAUGUUAUUUUGUGACUAGUUUGAGCAAAAAAUAGUGAAAAGGAGCGCGCUUUUGUGUGCGGAAUGCAUUUUCUUGAACUGCAAUAAGAGAAAAGGUCAAGUGGACGCAGUUUUAGGCUGCAAAGAGAUUUGCUCCGUGGAACAAGCGGAACAAAGCGUGCGCCAGGCGCAGCAGAAAUCUGGGUAAACAAAUAUGACGGCCGGUUCUGGCGUUGUCUUAGGUCUGCUGAUGAGCUACGAUAUCACCGACAGAAUUGUAAACCUCGGAUGAAUUCUGGAGUCUGAUUACCAUUUUUCUGAAAAGGGAGAGAAAGAGAGCGAACGAGCGAGAGACAGGACCUAAUCCAGGUAGCGCAUCUCUCUCUCCGGCUGCGCGUAAUGGGAGAAAACUUUCGGACCUUGCAGAGGAGACGCACCAGCAGCAUCCUGCCGACGACGACGCUUUCGUAAAUACCAUGUGAAUUCUUCUGUUUUAUACGCAAUUGGCCAAGUUUGAGAGUGAAUUUCAAACAUUCAGUAUGACUUGAAACACCCCCGAGGUUAUCGGAACUUCAAGCAUCAAGCCAGUUAACCGCCGAACCGAUUUUAUCAAAAGACGCGCAGAAGGACAUUGAUGAUCUAGAAAGGAUUUCUGGAGCAGCAGCAGCGCAGUGAAAGCCUGAUAUCAGUUAGAAAUAAAAGACUCCCCCCUAGAUGUCUAUGAUGUUGUGCCAGCUCGGGCAGAAGUGUGUGAUGGAGGUGGUGUUGCUGGCCAUCCUGUCUUGGGUGUCCGUGUGGGCGGAGGAGAAGAUCAUAUUUGACAGACACGCUGUUUACUGGAAUAGCUCCAACCCCAAGUUCUGGCAUGGAGAGUACAGGGUGGCAGUGAACAUCAAUGACUAUCUAGACAUCUAUUGUCCAUACUACGAGGGGCCUCCAUCCCACGGACGCAUGGAGCGCUACAUCCUAUUCAUGGUCAACCAUGAGGGCUACACUUCCUGCCAGCACAGGAUGCGUGGCUUUAAGCGCUGGGAGUGCAACCGUCCCACCGGUCCCGAUGGGCCCCUGCGCUUCUCAGAGAAGUUCCAGCUCUUCACUCCUUUCUCCCUGGGCUUUGAGUUCAGGCCUGGACACGAGUACUACUAUAUCUCAUCUCCUCACCCAAACCAUGUGGGGCGGGCAUGUCUAAAGCUGAAAGUGUAUGUCAGACCUCCAGAUGGGUCGGGAUAUGAUUCUCCGGAGCCUUUCCUGACUGAUGGAAGUUCAAGCUGGAGGGCAGGGUGCAUGACCCUCUUAGCUGCUCUGGCCUCACUCUUCUUGGGACUCUUCUACUGGCUGUGACCCUUCUCUCCUUCUUCAUGGAGCUCCCGCCCAGGGAUAAUGGGCUGGGCUGGCUGUCCCUCUCAAUCCACCACCCCUCAGGGAAGCCCUCUGUCUCCGUUCCGCUCCCACCGCCACCUCAAUACAACCACCAACCACCCCCACUGCCAGCAUCCUUUAUGGCCCAGCCACGGACACCCUUCACAGGCCUGACUAAGAGGGCUGGGUCUUAAGCUGUCUGGGAAGUUGUCGUUUAUCUCUGGUCCCUGAAUUCCAGGUGGAAAAGCACCUCUCAGCUGAAAAACACAAGAGAAAUGCCUCUGCACUCAUAUCAGAGGGUCCUUUUGAUUUGACUAUUGACUCUUGGCCACUGAUGGGGUAGAUAUCGCCAUGGCUAUGAUUAAACUUGUCGUUCUGGGGCAAUUCCAAUCAUGCAAUCACGGCAGGAUGCAUUAAGCGAUAGGCCUGGAUGCACAAAAAUUGAAUUUUGCUCACAUUGCUAUCCCAUCCUCAAACCAAGAAUUGGAAGUGGCCAAGCUUGCAUUGUAAUUGGAAUUCUAUGCUAUCUGGACCAAUUCCAGCUGCAACAACAAUAAGAGCAAUUGCAUAGAGGAGAGGAGCACAGUGGCUCAGGCUGUGCAGAAAAGAAAGGGGGAAACAAUAUGAGCACAGAUUUACAUGAAUACGUCCAUAUGGGAAAUGUAAUAUUACACGUGUUGAUAUUUUCAGAUCCAGUGUAGAGUCACUGCAAUGUGAUACAAAACUCAUGCAGUUUUAGAAGAGACUCAGAUAACUCAUUUAAAUGACAAGUAUAACCAUAGCCUGUUUCAUUGGGAGGGUGUGGGGGUGUUCGGGGUAGGUUCGAUGAGAUGUAGAUCUUCAGGUGGGAUGUGUUCUGUCUUAUUCGUGUUUCUAAACAAAGCAUUUAUCACAGCCUGGCCAGCACAGGCGUCUUCAGCACUGUCUAAUGUUGAAUGGGUCGGGUGACUUUUGGAACCAUGAUUUUCUCAUGUAUGAAUGUACCACUGGUCACCCACCUCUUUGUCUUUCUGUAUUAUUAUGACUGUGGUCACUUACAGUACCUUCUCUCAGACUGGCAGGAUGAAAGAGUCGGGGAUUUGAAAAGAUGACAUGUGGGAGUUGGGGCGGGGGGUGAAGUAAGGAUGAACGGAGGACAGGUGAGAAAAGGAGGCGACACUUAAGUUGCAUGACCACUGUGAAACCUUCAGAUCAAUCUUGUUUCUAAUGAUGAUAUAUAUUUUUUCAUGGGGAAAAUCAGAAACACCCUGCUGCCGCUCCUUUGCUCUCCCUGAGACUUUUUCAGACAUCAAAAGGAAAAUUUAACCUCUCUCCUCACACGGUUUCUCCUGUCUGGCUUUCAGUCGUUGAUGGAUUAGCUUGGGCCCGGAGAUAAAUGGACCCACAGGGUGAAACUGACUGGAAAUCAGCCCUCAGAGCCCAGGCCAGAUCACAAUGGACGUAAACACUGACUGAAGCUGGUCCUGGGUCUGAGGGUUAAACCAAUAAGGGAAGCGCAUAGACUGUGGCAAAUGAGGCGAGAUGUGUGUGUGUGUGCGUGUGUAAGUGUGUGGUAGCAUCACUAAAUAACACAUAUGGGUGUAUACACACGCACGCACACACACGCACACAUAUUCACAUACACAUGUUUAGUCUUUGAUAACGAGACUGUUCCUCUGAGAUGGUGGGAGCAUUCAUGGUCAUGACUAUAAAGGGAACAGCACAAAGAGAGAGCGAAGAGAGGAGGGAGGGGGGGAGAGAAAGCAUGUGUGUAUGAUGGGACUGAGACCUCUUUAAUGUUGGGAAGUGAACAUAAUGAGUAAGCACUGUGAACACACACCUGCAUACACACGAUGACCCAUGUACAGAUAUACACACGUAAAGACAUGUAGAAGAGCGAAUGCAGAUCUAGACAUUUACAAAGACAUGGCAUGAACAUACACACAUGUACAAUCACACACCACACACACACACACACA